AUGGAUGAUAGUCAUCCAUGCACAAAUGGUGGUGAAAGUUGGUUCUAUGAUAAUACAUGGAACUGGAACGAUGACCAAAAUGGUGAAGGGAAACUACCAGACUCAUGGUUCCCAGGGUGGCUUUGCCCCAUAUUACAAUGGGGCGCAGUUAUUAUAACUGGAACUACGAUCAACGCAUAUUUGAAAGUGCAUGUAACUGGUCUUCGCCACGAUGGCUUCGAUAAAUUGUGUUCUAUGCAUAACUUUAAUUGA